AUGGCGUUGUCUUUAGAUGAUAAGCUUCUGGGUGAGAAAGUUCACAAUUAUUGCAGCAGUAGCAGUGAAAACGAAGAAGAGAGUGAAGAUGGAGGGGAGCAAAGGGAGGCAUCAAACGAUGUUCCUAAGUGCUUGAAUCCACCAAUAUCUCAUCCAAACUGUCCACAGACUGGACCAAAAGGUGUUAUUUCGGAUUAUAAGCAUUUUAAAAGUGUGGAGAGGGAAAAAAAUGAGGAGAAGGAAAGAAAGAUUCUAGAAUAUGCUAAGUUACACUCUCUUAGCUGCAGACCAUAUAGUGAAGAUAUAAAGGAAAGUGAGAAGGAUGAGAAAGUCUUCGAAUCUUCAGACAGUGGCAGUGACGAUGAGUUUCUGACGCAAUAUCGACAGAGUCGAAUGAAUGAACUUAAACGAGCGAGGGAACCCUUACCAACUUUCAACAAGAUUUACGACCUGACGGCGAAUACAUUCGUGGAGGAGAUAGACAACACGAACAAGGAUACUACAGUUGUAGUUUACAUUUAUGAAUAUGAUUAUCCACAUGUGAAGUUUUGCAGGAUAAGAGCUUCCGAUGCCCAUCUCAGCCACCGAUUUUCGCAUUAUGGUGUUCCUGCAGUUCUAGUUUACAAAAAUGGGGAAUUAAUAGGCAAUAUGCUAUCUAUCACUAAGGAUCUUGGGGACGAAUUCUAUCCAAGCGAUUUUGAAAAUUAUCUAGUUGAACAUGGAUUUCUUCCCGACAAAACAAUGGUCCUGCCUACAGUGAUGAUGGAUUCUAGUUCUCACUCAUGA